AUGCGCCGACACCAUGGACGAGCCCUUUCUCCCUAUCAUGGACGGACUGCGACCCCUCCCUCCGCCGAAGUGUCGUUGGUCCGCAGUUUUGACUCCCAGGUCAAUCCAUCACGACCUGUCAGGCAAUCUCCUUUAGCGACGUCUCAGAUUCAGGGCAUGCCAUUGGAUUUGAUCAACCGCAUUCGCUCUUUCCCUCUGUUUCAAUCGACUUCCGACAACUUCCUCGUCGACAUUGGUCUCCUCCUCAAACCCCAACUUCAUAACUCCAACGACUACAUCAUCACCGAAGGCGAGGAUGCAAAAGCAAUGUAUUGGCUGGUAAGAGGUGCUGUCGCGGUCACGUCGCGUGAUGGAGAGAGUACCUAUGCGGAGUUGAAGCCCGGCGCAUUCUUUGGGGAAAUCGGGAUCCUGAUGGAACGGCCUCGCACAGCCACCGUCGUCGCGCGGACGAGGUGUCUCGUGCUGGUUCUGAAGAAGGAGGAUCUGCAAAAGAUACUACCGAAAUACCCCGACGUGGAACAAGCGAUCCGGGACGAGGCGUUGGAAAGAUUGACACAAUUGGAGAAGAAGAAGCGACAGGUGGUACUCGGCACGGAGGAUCUGCCGCCUAACGGAAGGAGAGGCUCCAAGAGGCGAGCGUCCUUUGAAGAGGAUGUUUCCAUGGCCGAUGGUGAUCACAGUGCCUCCAGCUCAAGCAAGAGGCGAAAGUCUCCAAGCCCAGGAACGAACGAAGUCUCCACGGCCAGUGCAUUGGGGCAUGGACUCGUCAACAUUAGGGCAACCCUGAAAGAGUUCCCGUUGUUUGCCUCUCUGCCGGCCGAGAUCCUCCACUUCCUGGGCCUUAAUGCGCAACCGAGAAGCUUUCCGCCGUUUACGGACAUCGUGAAGCAAGACACGCGGGGCCGGGAGAUAUAUUUCAUCGUCCGAGGUGAGGUGGAAGUCCUGGAUGAGAGACCUGUAACAACCCCAAAGGUCCACACGUCCAAAGGGCCAAAUGGAAUACAAACGACACCACGGGUUAAGGCGCGCCUCAGACCUGGACAAUACUUUGGGGAAGUUGUGAGUUUAUCUCUGGCUGAUCGCCGGACUGCGACUGUUCGUUCCGUCACACAGGUCGAAUGUCUCAUGAUCUCCGAGAACGUGCUGGCAGAAUUCUGGAGUCGAUGUCCUCCCGAGAUAGUGCGGCAAAUCGAAAAGACGGCGAAAGAACGAUUACGGACGGCCUCAGAGAACGACGUUAUCAUGAAUGAUGCCGAAGCCGAGCCUAACAUCCACCAACUAGCGAUCGGCGACUCCAAAGACAAGCUCCUCAAGAAAGGCGGAUAUGCUCCCCGUGUUACCUUUACUGAUGCAGAGAUCAGCACCCCCCUUCAGCCUGUUCAGACGGACGAGCAGAGUCCUGUCGAGCCUCUGGACCCCGACCCAUUCCUGGACGAAGGUCUGGAAAAGGUCAAGUCACGCUCGCGAAGAGGUUCACUUGCUCCGCCUUCACCAGGCGAGCAAGCAAAAGAGCACAAGCGCCGCUCUCCCCGGUCUUCUCCCACCGCAACAAACAGCCCAUCGCCUCGAAGUCCAGUGUCUGCGGCUCCAUCGCCGACGUUUGAGCACAAGGGCUCCUCUUUCCCCUUUUCCGACCCUUUCUCGUUGGGCGAUCGAUUGAAGUCUCGGGCGAGACCCGGUCUUGGUUUCAAUCGAGGCACUAUUCCUGACACUGUGUUACCAUGGAUUUUUGAACACCUCGAACUUCACGAAUUAAUGCGCCUGCAAGCGGUGUCCUUGCAUUGGCAAAAUGUCCUGACCGCCGCGCCCAAUCUGUUCCGUCGCCUCGAUCUGUCCCGUUACAACCAAAAAGUUACCGACGAUGUUCUCAUCAACCGGAUUUGUCCUUUUGUGGGUGAUCGGCCACGUUUUGUCGACAUCAGCAAUUGUUUCCACAUCACAGAUGCUGGUUUCACGGCUCUGGUGAACACAUGUGGUUCUAACGUUGAAUCAUGGCGCAUGAAGAGUGUCUGGGACGUCACCGCUCCGGCGAUACUGGAAAUGGCCAACAAAGCACGCCGGUUGAAAGAGAUCGACCUCAGCAAUUGCCGUAAAGUCAGCGACACCUUAUUGGCGAGAAUAGUUGGCUGGGUAGUUCCAGCAUAUCCGCAGGCGCCACCAAAUCGACCAAAGCUGACCAUGCGUCCAGCCAUCAACAGCAAAGUCGUUGCCCCUGUGCAACAACCGCCUCCAGGGAGCGUUGUCGGCUGUCCCGAACUGUCGUCCAUCACCCUAAGCUACUGUAAACACGUGACGGAUCGGACCAUGGCUCAUAUUGCGACACACGCACACAAGCGGAUCGAGUCGAUGGAUCUGACACGGUGUACGACCAUCACUGACGCUGGGUUCCAAUUCUGGGGGAACGUCAAAUUCGAACGGUUGAGGAAGCUUUGUCUGGCCGAUUGCACCUAUCUCAGUGAUCAAAGUAUCGUGUGGCUGGUCAACGGGGCUGGCAGUGGUUUGAGACAACUUGACCUGUCCUUCUGUUGUGCCCUUUCAGAUACAGCAACAGAAGUCCUGGCACUUGGUUGUCCGAACCUCACUCACCUCAACCUUUCGUUUUGCGGCAGUGCGGUGUCCGACCCAAGCUUGCGGUCGAUCGGCCUUCACUUGACUUCGCUGACCGAACUGGCGGUACGAGGCUGCGUUCGAGUGACAGGUCUCGGUGUGCAGAGCGUCGUCGAGGGAUGUCAGAAACUCAAGCUCCUCGACGUGAGCCAGUGCAAGAACCUCCAGCCGUGGCUUGUUUCCGGCGGUAUUGAGCGAUGGCGCGCAACCGGUCGAGACGUGGAGUUUGUCGUUGUCAGUUGCGGCACGAAACGGGUGCGAUAG